UUUUCAAAGUCCAAGCGUAAUGUUUUGAGUCAGUUCUUAUCAAAAAGAUUUUGUCACACAAAUCAAAUUCAUAUGGUGUGACACUAUUUUGGGAUAUUUGAACGGGCAACUGUUUUGACACCCUUGGGAAGGAGAGGACCUUCUUCAGCAAUGUUGUACAGAACUAGCAGUGUAUUUCUACUGUUCAACCUGAGAUAUCAAGAAAAGAAACAGAAAGGGGAGAUGCCUAGAUUUAGGAUCCAGACUCUGCCACCGUCAAGAAGAGAGAAGCUGAGGGAGACAUGGAGAAAUUCUCAAACAAAAUAUAGAGGCAAAAGAAGAAAUUUAAAUGCAUUACUCAACAUGACUCCCCCAGAUAUGAAGGAGACAUCCAGGUAGACCCAGGUGAAGUCCCAGGUCCUACGUCACCAGCACCAGCCCACACACUGAAAAGAUAAAGAAGCUGAAUAAAUCAUUAAGGAGACUGAAGGAUCAGAACAAAAGGCUCCAGAGAAAAGUCAGCAAAGAAAAGGAGAGGGCUGAGAAAUAUAGGAAACAAAGUGUGAGGCAAAACGUAACAAAACUAACAGUCAGAGAAAAAUCCAACUUGCCAGCCAGGAAAAAGUAAAAAAAUGAGAAAAAGGCUCAGGUGGAAUCCUUCCUGCUGUUAGAUGAAAAUAGCACUGUGCUUCCUGGGAAGAAGGACACAGUAGGCAGGAAAGAGAAAAGACAAAGACGAGUGCUGACUUCCUCACUAAAGGACCUUCAUAAGACCUACAUGCAAAAAUGUGACGGGCCAGCAACCCAGUACCGGAAUCGAUCAAACUGCUUCCUCAUGAGCAGCAUUCCCUAUGCAUGGGGAUUCAAGAGGGUCACCUGGAACUUUUCAGAGCGUUCCCAUGGGAAGGGAGUGCUGAAGCGUAAGGCAGACAAGUAUGUCCUCGGAGGCAGUGACCUACAAACACCAAGGGAUCUGUAUGAGUAGCAGAUCUCCACCGUGGAUGAAAUGCUGCCUCCGUCAGUGCGUCCAGUGACUGGAAUCAGCAGUACACACCAAGUUCUGUCUUUUGCUCCAGGAAAGAUCUUAGCUGUUUCUGCCAGUAUCCAGGGAUGUGCACCUGUCACAAGCUGCACCAACCUGAGUUUGACCAUGUUUUCCCUGAUGAGGUGCCAGGUGACAAGACAAGUGAUGACGGUGGCCCAUCUGCUGAAGUGUCCUCUGUCCAACCUAGCUGGCCCACUGCAGAUUCCCGAGCCCAUGAUGGUGAUGCCUUCUUCUCCAUCCAGCUUGCCCACUAGAGAGCCCCAAGCCCACUCUUCUACUCAGGUGCUGUAUGCAUCAAGUGAAGAGGCCCAAGCUGAGAUUCAGACACCAUUUCCUGAAGGAUACACGCAAGGACAGUUUGUCUUAAUUAAGUAUGAGGGAAAACCAUAUGUGGGACAAAUUGUUGCCGUAAGUAUGGAGGGACUGCAGGUGAACUGCAUGAAACAACGUGGAGACAAAAAUGGUUUUGUCUGGCCAAAUAGGCGAGACUGCAUUUAUUAUCAAGAUCAGGAAGUUGUUUGUGGCUUAUCACAACCUCAGCAAGGCAGUCGGUUUGCUACUCUCUCCAAGUUUGACUGGCUUAUGUACAAUGGAGUCUAGAUGAACUGAUUUAUUUGUGGAUCCACUCAGCUACGCUGUAUGUUCACGGUUCAUAUGAUAUAAAAAAAUUGGUUGUUUUACUUAUAUUAAUACAUAUUGCAGACCAGUUUGGAAUUGAAAUGAAAUUUGAUAAACAAAUAUAUGUUCAUAUGGUUCAUACAAUAUUAAAAAAAUGUUUGUUUUAUUGUUAAAUAUCAAAUAAAUCAAUAAAAUUUGAAUAUUGCCUUGCAGCAUUUAAGAGUGGUUAAAUAUUUCCUGCCAUAUGAGUGAUCAGUACUCACCAAUAAGCAGGAUAAUACAUGGUUUGCAUUGACACAUGGCGACAUUAUCAAAUUGUGAAAAUAACAUACCUUUAUUAAUGAUAAAACCUGAAAAUGUUCAUGGAAUACAUAGAAAAUAGUAUCAGAAUAAUUGAAUUGAUAAUUGAAAAUUUUGAAACAACAUAUGUUUCUAUAAAGAUGAGAGUUAGUAGAACAAAAGUCAACCAUUUUUAUGCCUGUUAUUUGAAAUUUUUGAAAAAACACUUUUUUUAUGGUACAUAUGUCACUGACCCAUUUACAAAUUAUUAAUUAUUCAUUAUAUUAUCUUCUCAAGUUUAUAGAAACGAUAUGAUUUUUUGUUUAAUGGAAGAUGUACGUAAUCCUGUUGUUCUGAAUGAAAUUGUCAUUUUGAGCAAGUGUUAUAUUGAUAAAUGUAAGUGUAAUCCACAUCACUGUUUAGCUGUUGCACAUUCAGAUAUGUUUUCAAGAAAAUAAAGUAAAACCUGAGGAAAAUACUGCAGAACAUGUUCACACAGGACACUAUUAACAUGAAACCAUUCAGAAAGAUUGGGCACAAAUGGGUUAACUAGAAUGUUACCA